GUGGGCCUCUGCUGUUUGACUUCCCAACCACUUCUCCUUACUGUGCUUUUCUUCCUUCCUUCAUCGUCGGGAUCUCAGAAUCUGCUUUGAAUUUCUCCCUCGCGCCAAACCCUAGGAUUGGACCCCCCUCUGCCGGACCUUCCGGUUCGCGCUACGAUGAAACCGACCCACCGCCAGGGCCAGGGCCAGGGCGAGGCGGAUGGGACGAGCAAGGACCAGGUCGAUUGGGAGAUGCGGCCGUGCGGUAUGCUAGUUCAGCGCCGAGAGGACGGCACGGAAGUUGGGAGCGGCACCGGCCCCAUCAUCAGAAUCAACGUCUCCUACGGCUCCUCCCAUCACGAGAUUUUCCUCCCUGCCCACUCCACUUUCGGGGAAAUGAAGGCUAUGCUGGCUCCAAAGUGUGGUUUGGAGCCUAAAGAGCAAAGACUCUUUUUUAGGGGAAAAGAGAAGGAGGAUGAUGAGAAUCUGGACGUGGCAGGUUUAAAGGAAAACUCCAAGGUUCUGCUUUUGGAGGAUCAAGCAAGCAAAGAGAGGAAGCUUGAGAAGUUAAAGAGGGAUGAGGAAAUGUCCAAAGCAUGUGAAGCUGUAGCUGAUGUCAGGGCCGAGGUUGAUAAGCUCUCUGAGAGGGUGGCUGCGUUGGAAGUGGCUGUACAUGGUGGGACAAAGGUUUCAGACAAGGAGUUUGAGAUCUCCACGGAGUUGCUUAUGAGGCAAUUGCUGCAAUUGGAUGGUAUUGAGGCUGAGGGUGAGGCUAGGGUUCAGCGAAAGGCUGAGGCUUUAGUGAUAAGCAAAAAAGCUGGAUUCAGUUGUCGACUACUCGAAAUAGGUAAAAGUGAACAUGGACUUGAGCAAAGCACAGAACAUCUCUCAUAAUUGAAAUUCUUCCGUACGCCGAGUUCAGGGCUUUGUGGACUCAUUGGACUCUCUUAAGGGUCGAAAUUCCAAUCUCUUUAUUGACCGGAGCAAUGCUGUCUCUGUAACAACCAACUGGGAGACCUUUGAGUCAGGAGUAGGAAGCCUGAGUGCCCCACCUCCCACGGCAUCCUCUAGUGCGAAUGUAACUCAUGACUGGGAGCAGUUUGAUUAGACUAUGUCCUUAUUGAUCGAGGACAGCAGCGACCUCUGGAUAAAGCUAUUCUCUUGCUCGGGAUGACUUAUAAUUUAUUGCCCACCUGUUAAUUAUGGUAUUUCGGGUUAUACUCAUCUGUUGCGCUUCCUUGUUAUUUUAAAGGAAACCAAUGUGCAAUUUAUUUUUGUCAGCCUAUCUUGGAUUUUUGUUCA